UACUGUUGCGUACAUCGAUAUAAUGAAAAAACAAAAUGUGAUAUAUGUCACUCUCCAUCAUGAUUGUCACGUCGGUCGGCAUGCCACCGGUUGAACAAUUCAACCGGUACCGGUCAUGAUAUCGACAUGACACCAUCGGUAUGACCGGAAUGAUCGUUUUACGAAUUUCUUAGUAUAAUACGUAGUUUUAGUGAAUUUAAGUAUGAGUACAUGUAAUUUUAUUUGAAAUAUCAUAUUUUAUUCAAAUAUCAAUAUGAAUUGUACGUAAAUUGUCUUCAAAAAAUAUGGUUUAUAUAGGAUUAAAUUCAUUUUAUAUGAAUAAUUAAACCGGUUGUACCACUGGUAAAACAUUCCACUUGCUAAACCGGUUUGAUAAUCUUUCUCUCCAUAUGUUAUUUAUAGAUAUAAUGCAAAAACAAAAACAAAAUAAUUAUUGGAUAAAAGAGAAUUAAAUAUUAAAUGAAGAGAGAGGGACAACUCCAUAAAUAGGUCAAUAAUUAUUUUUUCGGUAAAAAAAGUGUCCACCAUGGCCACUUGAGAUCUCUCCAAGUGCUUAUGUGGCAAAAAUUUUAUUUUGAAUUGCCAUAAUAUUAUGUAUAGAUAGAUAGAUAUCAUUGCCAGUCACAAUGAAGAGCCAACUCCCAUUUUUAAUUUCGAAUUUCCAUUUUGAAGAGAGAGAGAGAGAGAGAAAAAUCACAUUUUACGUUACGAAUUUUUAUUUUUUAAAACCUAAAAUAUUAAUUCUGAAUUUUCUCUUUUAAUGCAUUUAAUAUUUGUUGAUAAUAUCUUAAUUGUCUUUUGACGAUUAGAUAUAUCCUUUUUCUCUUAUUUUUAUUGGCUGAAAUAAACUUAAGAAACUCCUUAACUUGCACCAUAACGUCAUAAAUAUUAACAUAAUGUCAUAUGAAGACACAAUUAUCUCUACUCUCUGGUGAAAUGUGUUCGUGAAUGAAGGAGGGACGAGAUUCUUAAAAUUAAGGUAUAAACUUGGGUGCCGUUGUAGUAGUUGGUAGAGUGGUCAAAUGGGCUAUUAACACGUAUUGACAAGUCGAUUGGGGUCCACGGUUUGGUCCGGUAAACCGCGGUCUAGACGAGACCAGACCAAGAGAUGAAAACAUCAUAUAAUACAGACCAUAAACCAGACCAGAACAUACUUAACGGUCUACGGUCCGGACUAAACUGUGAGAUCCAGUUUGGAUCGUGGUUUUUCUAACGGUCUGGUCUACACCCGCUGCUUUACGGAUUGCGGGGGUUGAAUUUUCCAAGUUGUUUUGGACGUUUGUGGGUCAAAUAUGGGUCUCAAGAAAUUCUUUUUCUAGCUCUUUGGAAUUUUUAGGUUUGUCAGGUAGAUUUUUAUAUUUUUUUCAUCAAGCAUUGGAGUUUCCUAGGCUUUCUACAAAGACAGCAACCGAUAUAUAUAUACAAUCUCCAUCUUCGGCCAAAAAGAAGAGGAUCAGACGAUCAGUCAACGAAAGAAUAAAAGCCCAACGGCAGAGGAAGAAGAAAAGCCAAAAGGCUGCUAUCAUACUAUACACUGGCCGGUGGUUUUGUUUGCCUAUAAACUGAGAAACUAUGGAGAGCCCGAAACUUUCACUCUUCAUUUCUCAAGCAGCAGGGGAACAGUGAAGAUGGCUGCUAUGUCAUUGAUUUCCCUCUUUGUCACCCUUCUCUUCUCAGCAGCAACAGCCGCCCAAUCACCCUCCGUCAUCGUCAUCGGAGCCGGAAUGUCAGGAAUCUCGGCGGCGAAGACACUUUACGAGGCCGGAAUCAAGGACAUCCUGAUCCUGGAAGCCAGCUCCAGAAUCGGCGGCAGGAUGUUGAAGGCCGACUUCAGCGGCUACACCGUCGAAAUGGGUGCGAAUUGGUACAACAGUGGAGGCCCUGUCGCUAACCCACUUGUUGAUUUGGCGAAGAAAGUGAAUCUCAAAUCUUACAUUAAUGACUACUCCAACAUCGCUGAAAACACCUACAAACAAGAGGGAGGGUUGUACCCGAAGAAGGACGUGGAAAAGGUAGACGAGGUGGCCACAGCACGGGAUGAGUACUGCUCGAAUUUCUCCAGGAAGUUGUCUCGCAACAAGAAGAAAGACGUUGAUGUGUCAAUUUUGGCAAGCCAACGGCUCUACGGAAGGCCGCCGUUGACGCCACUGGAAAUGGUAAUUGAUUUUUUCCAUAACGACUACGAAGAUGCAGAGCCCCCGAGAGUGACAAGCUUGAAGCACACUUACCCUCGUGCCCAAUUCGAAGAGCAUGGCGAAUAUCCACAUUUCGUCAUGGAUCCAAGAGGGUUCGAGGUUGUGGUUCAGUAUCUCGCCAGCCAGAUUCUAAAGAAAGGAAGCCCCGUUCAACUGAAGCUCAAAAAGGUGGUGAGGGAGAUAGCUUACUCCAAGACUGGAGUCACGAUCAAAACUGAAGAUGGUUCGACUUACUCAGCAAAUUAUGUCAUUGUCUCCGCAAGUGUUGGUGUCCUCCAAAGUGACCUCAUCCAGUUCAAGCUCACGCUUCCGAUGUGGAAAAGAAUGGCAAUAUCCGAUUUUAGCAUGACUAUAUACACCAAGAUAUUCAUCAAGUUUCCUUAUAAGUUCUGGCCAAGUGGUGAACCUGGAACAGAGAUUUUCCUCUAUACCCACAUCCAACGUGGAUAUUAUCCAGUGUGGCAGCAUCUGGAUAACGAGUAUCCGGGAUCGAACAUUUUGAUGGUAACGGUGACCUCGGACGAGUCGAGAAGGGUGGAGCAGUUGUCCAAUGCGGCCAUACAAGCAGAGGCCAUGGCUGUGCUAAAGAAGAUGUUUGGGGACAAAAUACCAAAUCCGGAGAACAUACUGGUGCCCAGAUGGGGAUUGCACCGGUUCUACAAGGGAAGCUAUUCCAACUGGCCAGCUAACUACAACCAGGAAAAGCACGACCAGUUAGGGGCACCUGUUGGUCCAGUCUACUUUACAGGAGAGCACAACAGCAAUAAGUUCCUUGGUUACGUGGAUGGAGCUUACUUGGAAGGUAUUGCAACUGCCAACGAUUUGAUCAAGUGCAUCAAAGGAAAAGGGUGCAAAGGCGACAAGAACAUGGAGGUGUAAAGAGGUGCUGAGGGAAUCAUGCUGCAUUUCUUGCAAUUGUGGGUAGUAAUUCAUGUUAUAGCUCUCGGGGAGCUAGCUUAAUGAAGUCAAGAACUCUGAUCACAGGAAGAUUUUAUGCUGCACUUUUCUUCAGUGGAAGCAUGAUGAUGGUUUGUUUGGUGUAAAAUAUUUGAUCAAAUAAGUGUAGAUAUUUGAUCAUAUACAUUUUGUUUGUUAAACGAAGUUUUUGAAUGACUCAUUUUCAUUUGUACUAGAGAAGCCUGCUAGCUACUCUUCGCGUCAAGCGAGCGAUAUGAAAGAUUGCAUGUGAUUGUAAGAGAGAAUAAAAUAACAUGUAUGGAACACAAACUCUAGAAAUUGGAGGCCUAACUCUCAUUCGAUGAAAAAAGUAAUAGGUAACAAAAAUCAAUCAUGAUAAGAGAUUCCACGAAUAGGAACAUCUAAGCAGCUGAAUAAGAAUUGAGGAAACAACAUUUUGUAAUAAAUCGAAGCAAACAAUAAAAAAUGGACUCGCUAGCCAAUGAGUAAGUACCGAUUGUGGAACAACAAACUUAAAAGUAUACUUAAAAAAUCCUUUUUGGUUGUGGAACUUGAUUUGAAUUAUUGAGACGUAUUACUGUUGUUCUCUUGUAAGUACAACAAAAAGAUAACUAAUUAUUCAUUUAUUAAGUCCAACAAACAAAAAGAUAAAGUUAGAAUGCAUCCUAAAUUUUCAACUAAGAUAGAAAAUAGAAGAGAAAUAGACGAUAUGAAGAAAAAAAAUCAACAAAUGUAAAAGGAAAAAAAGGAAGAACCUAGUAUCUCAUUUCAUUGGUUCCGAUGCCACUUUUGUACUUUUUGAUUGGGACAAAAAGAUUUCAAUGUUAACUUCUAUUAGACCUCGAGUGAGAGAAAUGAGUAGAAAUGCAUGAUCAAAUACGAAAUUCGGUCUCGAGCGAUUUUAUUGAUUCCAAUGCCACUUCGUGUGCUUUUUGAUUGUGUGAUAUUUUAUUGUUAACCUUCUAUUCGACCUCAAGCGAGAGAGAUGAGUAAAAAUGCAUAACCAAAUACAAAGUCGGUCUAUAGCUAUUUCAUUAGUUCUGAUGCCUCUUUCGACUUUUGAUUGAGGGUGAGUGAUUCCAUCAUUCUUUUUAUUCAACAUCGAGUUAGAGAGAUUCGUAGAAUGUAUAACCAUGAACGAAAGUCGGUCUCGAGCUAUUUCAUUGGUUAUGAUGUCUCUUUCAACUUUCGAUUGAAAGUGAGUGAUUUCAACAUCGAGUGAGAGAGAUGAGUAAAAUGUAUAACCAAGUACGAAAGUCGAUCACGAGCGAUCUCAUCGAUUUCAAGAUAUUAAGAAUAUAAAAACAAAUACGAAAGUUAAUCGGUUUUAGCACAAAAAACAAUAAUAUAAAAGGAAUAGAUGGAGAGAUUAAAUAGGGAGAUAUAUUUAAACGAGAAGAAAAAAAAACCAAUAGUCGGUCUCGAGAUAAUUUUAUGUAACUUUCUUCCCCAAUAGUAACGUUUACAAAUGAUGUCAUUUUAUAACCGAACAUAACGUAUAUUUGAAUUGGGUUUCAAAAUAAUAACGGCUCUUUUAUGAUAAACAAUUGAAAAGUAUUAAUGAAAAAUAGUUGGAAAGCAUUGUUUUGAAAAUAAUUAGAUAGUAUUGAGUUUGUGAAGAGAAAAAAGAGUUAGUAUUUGAAACUAGUAACGAAAAAAAAAAAACAAGUAAUUUGCAAAUCAUUGUCAUCUUACCACUUUCAUAUACUCGGCAGUCGGCACUAAUUCUAUCCCUUAGGCCUUAACUGCCUCUCGUCUGAUAACUCUGACCCAAUACGUUUAUGGGAUAUGUUCAGGUCCUUAAGGCAAUAAACUUAAGAAUUAUCUUAAGUUGUUCCUAUUGGCUAAUAACAAUUGAAGUAGUUAAUAGGGAGUUAGUGGUUAAUAUGAAGUAAGGGGUAUUUAGGGUAUUAAUAAUUACUAUAAUUAAUUAAGAUAAAUAAAUAAAUUUCACAACCAAUGGCGCAUGCCUCGCCUUCCCAAAAUAUCUUUGUUAUUUUAGUAUAGUAUUAUUUUCACUGAAUACCAUUCCGUAGUGACCGUUGCCGAUUUGGUCGAGACUCGAGAACACUCCUAUUCCACCGUCGCAGUCCGACAGCCUCAAGAUCCAACAUGAUCUUCGAGAUACAAAACAACCCCGACGAUAAUAAGUUGUUGCUCUUCAUCAUGCAAUUACACCUCAACUCCAAUAUCUUGCUAUCGAUCUUGGUCCUUGAGAGACCGGCCAAAGAGAAGAAAGGUAGGUUGAUGAAUUCCGCAGGGACGACAUGGGUAACUAUUUCUAUGUUGUCCAUGGCAGUUCAAGCCACAACCUCACUUGUAUAUAUGUUGUUUCCUCUUCCUAUAUUUAUUGAUGUAUAUGUUGUUGUGUAUAUCUCCUGUUUCUAUGUUUAUCGAUUUAUAUGUUGUUUGUAUGCGAUGAGGUUUAUGUUACAAAAAAUGAUAAAAAAUUGUUAAUAAUGUUAUCGUAAAGUAUUUAUAAGUAUAUUGAAAUUGUUAACAAUGAUGUUACAUAUCAAUGAAAAAAAUAUUUCAUAAACGCGGAGAACGACAAUGUGAAUCGAUAACAAUUGAUAUUUUUUUUAAUAAUGUCACUAGAAGUCAUGGUAAGAAGCCACGAUUGACUAGUUAUGAAUACGACUUGAAAACGUAAAUUGUUAAUAAAGAUGUUGUAAAUCGAUGAUAAUAUUACUAAAAUCAUUAAUAAGAAUUUGACAUAACUUUAAUAAUUCCUCUUAAGUGUUGAUGAAGAAAAUGUAAAAAGUUAAAAAUUGAUCGUAGAUCUUUGCUAACGGUUAGUGGCAGAUCCAGGAAUUCUACGUAGGGGUGUCCUCUAUAAAAAUUAAAUUAAAUAUUAGAAUUAAAUUAAAUAAUUAUUUAAUAUGAAAAUAUCUAACUAAUAAAAGUUUCAUUAAGAGUUCAGCCGUGUUUCAUCAAAUGAUGAAAUGCAUUCGGUGUUUAUACUGCUCAACAAAUAUCUCUCGACAUAUCUUACUAGACAAGAAUAUCCCGUAAUUGAGUUUAAUCGUUAGGUUUUGAAAAUAAUUUGAGAUAAGAAUAACAUUUUACUAUUAUAUUUGGAUCUAAAACACAAUACAAAUGAGUUGUAGCGUAAUUGAAAAUAUAUUAACUAAUAGUGGCAGUGUCCCAAAUUUAAAUCACAUAAACUACUACUUAAAUAUUAUUUAUACCAAUACGCAAACUACUACGGGAGAUUGGAUAAUCAUUUUCCCAAAUUUUAAAGGUGUCCCACUACCACUUAAUUUUUUUUCCUCAUACGCAAAUUACUAUCGUAGGUUGAAUAAUCGUGUUUCCAAAUUUGAAAGGUGUCCCACUACCACUUAAACAUUUUUUCUCAUACGCAAAUUACUAUUACUAUCGUAAGUUGAAUAAUCGUGUUUUCAAAUUUUAGGGGUGUCCCAUGCAUGUAUCCGCCACUGCUAACGGUUGAAGCCAAUCAUUGUUAACGUUUUUUUUUUUUUAACCAAAUAUGAUAUUUUUUUAAUAUUUUAAAUGGUAUUUGACACUUAACAUUGAAUAUGGAUUUUAUUAAUGAUUUUGUGUUGGUUUUCAAUGAAAUUCAAUUUUCUGAUCAAUGACUUGCUCAUUAGUUAUUAAAAGUUUCCAAUACCAGUAUUAACGACUUGAUGUCAUUUUUUAAUGUUGAAGGCUAUCAUUGUUAACAUUAUUUGUUUUAGUUUUGAACGAAAUACACCAUUCAUAUGAAUUUUUUGGAUGAUAUUUUAAUACUUAGUAUUGAGUUCGAACAUUAUAAAUGUUUUGUGCUUGUUUUCAACAAAGUACAAUUUUGUUUCCAAUGAUUUGUUAGUGUCAUUAACGGUUUGUUGUUGGGUGUGAAUGUUGGUUUGCUUGACUAAUGUUUUGCACCUCCAUCAAAUAAUGUUUGUUUGAAUCAUAGUUACAAUAUCACAAAAGUGUUGAAUAUUGUCAAAAUAAGUGUUGUGUUUUUAUGAUCUCUUAAAAUGACAAUGGAAAAUCAUAAAAUGUUGAUAAUGCCAUUAAAACUCAUUGCAAUUUCUAAGAGGGCAUGACAUGAAAAUGUAUCGUUAAUAAAGAUGUUGUUAAUCAAUGAUAAUUUUAUUCAAAUCGAUAAUGAUGAUGUGGCAUAAAUUUAAUAAUUUCUUCAUAAGCGUUGAUGAUGAAAAUACAAAUCGUUAAAAUUGAUCUGAAAAUGUUAAUAAUGACAUCGUAAAGCUUUGAUAAGCAUAUUAAAAUCGUUAAUAAUGAUGUGAUAUAACAAUAAUAAUCUAUUUCAUAAACGUUGAUAAUGUAUUGCCCAAUGUUAAUAAUAUCAUUGCCAGUCACAAUGAAGAGCCAACUCCCAUUUUUAAUUCGAAUUUCCAUUUUGAAGAGAGAGAUAGAGAAAAAUCACAUUUUUAGUUACGAAUUUUUAUUUUUUAAAACCUAAAAUAUUAAUUUUGAAUUUCCUCUUUUAAUACAUUUAAUAUUUGUUGAUAAUAUCUUAAUUGUCCUUUUGACGGUUAGAUAUAUCCUUUUUCUCCUAUUUCUAUUGGCCGAAAUAAACUUAAGAAACUCCUCAAGUUUUUAACUUAAGGACCGUAUCCAACCUGGUUAGGGAGUGCCAAUUCAUUUUUUGUUUUUCCUUAUAUUUACAUAUAAGCCCACAAACUCUCGGCCCAACAUCCUAAACACAUACUCUUACUUAAGGCCCAUUAUAGAUUUCACCUUUUUUCGUGUUUUCACACCGAGCGGCAGCAACACUUGAAAUUGGUGCACAAACCUGGUCGCCGGCCUCCUUUAAUAGUUAAUCGUGUUCUCACACCGGCGGCGCAUCUCCUUCUUCACUUUCUCCCCGUCUCUCUCACCGAAAGCCCAAUCCGCAUAGUACACAUGUCUCGAGUGGGGUGAUAUUUGGGAGGAAAAAAUAUGGUUUAAUACACUUGUAUAUCCAAAACUUUCAUGGUUGUACCAAUAAUAUCCAAAUUUCACGAAAUACCACUUAUAUCCAUGUUUUAAAAUUGUUCUUUGUCAAAUUUAUCCAUUUUCCAAUAUAUUUUGGGUUAAAUACACUUGUAUAUCCAAAAACACCGUUAAAGAAUGUGAAAGAAUUGGUAAUAAGUGGUAUUUCGGAAA